UCCCGCGGCGCCGAGCACCCGCCGGCGCUGCCCUUCGGGACGGCCGGGGCUCGGGGCUGGGGCUGGGACUGUGGUUGGGACUGCGGUUCCGGAGAGCCGGCGCUGCCUCUGCCCUGCGGUGCGCGUGCAGGUCCGGUUCGCUGGCGGUCGGAGGGUUCCUCGGAGUGCAGAGCGCCGGCUCCCCUCCUCAUCGCUCGGCGGUGUGGGGUGACUCCAGCGCCCGCGUCGCUGAGAUCCAGGUGUGCGGUCCGCCCGGCAUCGCUGGCUCCGCAGUGCGCUUCGCCUCCUCCGCGUCCCUCCCACUCGUGCUUCAUUCAGGGCACCGCGGCUUCUGCUCCGGGAAAGGGCUCGCUGCAUUUUGAACUGCCCCGCGACACGCCGGCUUGGCUUAUGUUCGCAAGGACCGGUCAAAUUAAUGUGCUUGGGAAGGAAAGAUCCUGUUGGAGGCUGUUUCUGUGAAUCAAAGGAGAAGGGACAGGUGUGAGCAUGUCGGCCCUCAACUGGAAGCCCUUCGUGUAUGGAGGGCUGGCCUCCAUCACAGCUGAAUGCGGUACAUUUCCAAUUGAUUUAACCAAGACACGGCUCCAGAUUCAAGGCCAGACGAAUGAUGCAAACUUUAAAGAAAUUCGGUAUCGAGGAAUGUUGCAUGCAUUAGUGAGGAUAGGCAGAGAAGAAGGCCUGAAAGCUUUGUAUUCUGGGAUUGCCCCUGCAAUGUUACGCCAGGCUUCCUAUGGCACCAUCAAGAUCGGCACUUACCAGAGCUUGAAGCGAUUAUUUGUGGAACGCCCAGAAGAUGAAACCCUUCUGAUAAAUGUGGUCUGUGGAAUUCUCUCUGGAGUCAUGUCCUCAGCCAUUGCCAAUCCAACUGAUGUUUUGAAAAUACGGAUGCAAGCACAAAACAACACCAUUCAAGGAGGAAUGAUAGGCAACUUCAUUAAUAUUUACCAGCAAGAGGGAACGAGAGGACUAUGGAAGGGCGUGUCUCUUACUGCUCAGAGGGCUGCUAUUGUUGUUGGUGUGGAGCUGCCAGUUUACGACCUCACCAAGAAGCAUCUGAUUCUCUCGGGCCUGAUGGGAGACACUGUGUAUACUCACUUCCUCUCAAGCUUCACCUGUGGUCUGGCUGGGGCUCUGGCCUCCAACCCUGUGGAUGUUGUGAGGACACGUAUGAUGAAUCAGAGAGUCCUUCGUGAUGGCAGAUGCUCUGGGUACAUGGGUACCCUGGAUUGCUUGUUACAGACAUGGAAGAAAGAAGGAUUUUUUGCUCUCUAUAAAGGGUUUUGGCCAAAUUGGUUGAGACUUGGUCCUUGGAAUAUCAUUUUCUUUGUGACAUAUGAACAGCUGAAGAAAUUGGAUUUAUGACAAGUCAAGGCUGCAUGAGACAUCCCUCUGAAAAUGCUAACUUCCAAAACAGUAAAGCUUCCUGUGUUUCCCACUGCUUCUCACUGCUUGGCUCAUCACAGAUUCUGAGGUGUGAGCAACAGAAGAAGACUGGGUUAGUUCUGACUGCUGUGUCUUGGCAUCAGGCACUCUGCAUUGAACAUUCACUGGCAUAAGCUGUAACAUUCAGACACUAGUCCUUACCAUCAAAGUGCCCUUUGACAUCAAAUAUAACAUGAAAUGCAUAGUUUUUGUGAAAGAAAACUUGCAAGAAGAUCAGGAACUGUGUGCUGUUUCUUUAGGGGAGAAACAGCUCAUCGCAGCUCAUGGCUGAGAGUACCAGACUGCUCUGAAGAAGCUCACCAGAACGUGGAAUGGAGUCUCCAAGGGGGCAUUAUUGUUCCUGAACUUGGGGGCUUUUGCUUCUUGUCAGCUGAAGAAAUCUCACAGGUGGAGACCUGGACUUUUCAACUGUAGGUAUCAACAGUGCAGGAAAUAGAGCCCUGGAAUAUUGCACUGCUUUAUAAUUUGCUAUUUUGGCAGGAUCUUUCACUUAUAAUAAGUGAUUUUAAGCCUUUGAAGACUUGACCUUUGUGAGGAAUUGUUACAAAGUAUUAAUAUCUAAACUCAUGGUGGUGUGAUGUGUUGGCUAUGAAGGUGGCAAGGUCUGUGCUGAAUGAGGUGUUUCAAGCAGCUUGGGUUCUGUCUUAGGUCAUGUUAGUAAUUUGUUCUAUGAUUUUUAGCAAAGUUUAUGUCCCAUUUUGGAAAUGGGGAUAAUGACAUCUAUGGAAAUUGAGGGUCAAGUAAAGAAAAUACUAGUUACUACUACUUGACUCAUUUGAUAAAGAUGUGUACAUUAUCCUGUCAUACAGCUAUAAUCUGAGAAUAAACAGUCUGUGUGUAUGGAAAAGUCAUUUUAUCAUGGGCUACUCAUAUAAUUCCAAGGGAAGCCCAUUGUUAAAGGCCUUGUGAAAGAAAGAACACUGUAUAAGUUAAGGUUUUGUUAUGUUUUCAUUGCAAAGUGUUAAAAGUGAAUUAAGAGUUGAUUUUUCCAGAUUUCCCAGUUUUUACUUUAGUUUAGGUCAUGUUUGUUGAAAUAUUUUCUAUCUUGGACUUCCUAAUUAGUUUGGAUGGCAAAUAAUGGUUGAAAUUUUAGAAAGGAUUUCUUUAGUAUUGCACCUGCUUACCUAGUUUCUGAUAAGAGGUAUAUAUCUUCUCUUCUUCUAAAGAUAAGAUAAAUCAUUCUUCCUCUUCUUUCUUGCCUUCAUCUUAUUCUGUUCAAAGUAAAAAGUGACUCUGAUAGCUCCAAGAACUUGACACUAAUGGAAGACAGCCCCAGGGAAGGGAAUAUAUAUCUACUUGGGUACCUUGGGUUCCACCCUUUGAGAACAU